UGCCCGUGGCUCUGUUUCGUACUAAAAGUAGUAUCGUACUGUUUUAGUUAUUGAUCAUGUGUUGUAAUUUACGAGAGAGAAACUGGACAAAUUUUAAUGUUGCUGAAAUGCUAAACAAUAUUUUGACCAGUUUCAAGCUUCAAACAGCUCUACAUGUGAAUGGCAACUUCCUGAUGUAACAAUGGAAGUAUUGAAGAUGGAAGUUGAACCUUUGUCAGAUGAAGAAGAGAAUGCUUUGCUGGAAGUAAAGUGCCUAAUAAAUGAAAAAGAAACUAAGGAUGGAUCACCUAGAGAAAAUUCUUUCUUUGGAGAAGGAUCUUCACAUUCCAUUUUUGAGUUUGGUGUAGUAAAAGAGGAACAAGAAGAAGAUAAUCAAACUGAAGAGGGCAUAGAGAACAUAUUUGUGAGAGUAAAAACAGAGCAACCUGAUGACUUAACACAAGAUGGCAUUAUUUCCAAGUUCAGUGAGGAUGAUGAUGAUCUAGAUUGUUCAAAAGAUGAUGUUAUGAAUUUGGAAAAAGAAAAUGAAGAACAUGAAAAAGAAUUGGUGCAAUUUAACUGUGGGUUAGAAGUUACAUCAGGUCCAAAGACUUUGAACUACCAUUAUUGCAAACAGUUUCCUGCUUAUAAUUUCUUGACACAAGGAGAUACCAAUGCAUGUAUAAAAAAGAGGAAAUCUCAGAAAACAAAUAGCUGUGACACAGUUGUCAAAACUUUAGUGAAACAAAAACAUUUUCAUGAUGGAAAUAUGCUCCACAGUUGUCUUAGAAACAAUAAUGACCUAAAUAGACAUCAGAAAGCACGUACUGGUGUGGAACCUUACAGCUGUGAUGUUUGUGGCAAGAAAUUUGGAAAAAAUAGCAUCCUAAAAAUUCAUCAAAGGAUACACACUGGGGAGAAACCUUACAGCUGUGAUGUCUGUGGCAAGAAAUUUUCACAGAAUUCACAAUUAAAAAGUCACAAGUUUAUCCACACUGAAGACAAACCCUACAAUUGUGAGGUGUGUGGCAAAAACUUUAGAAGCAAUAAUAUCCUAAAAAGACAUCAUAGAAUACACACUGGUGAGAAACCUUACAGUUGUGAUGUCUGCUCCAAAUCAUUUUUGCGGAAUGAACAAUUAAAAAGGCAUCAGUUUAUCCACACUGAAGACAAACCAUAUAUGUGUGAUAUGUGUGGCAAAAAAUUUGGAAGCAAUAAUGCCCUCAAAAGACAUAAGAGAACACAUACACAUGAGAAAUCUUCUAGUUGUUAUCCCUGUGGCAAUAAAUUUGCACAAUAUUCACAAUUAAAAAGUCAUAAAUUUAUCCACUCUGAAGACAAAUUCUAUAUAUGUGAGGUGUGUGGAAAAACAUUUGGAAGCAAUAAUGACCUAAAAAUACAUCAGAGAAUACAUACUGGUGAGAAACCUUACAGUUGUGAUGUCUGUUGCAAGAAAUUUGCACGGAACUCCCAAUUAAAAAGCCAUAAAUUGUUCCACACUGAAGACAAACCUUACAGUUGCGAGGUUUGUGGUAAAAAAUUUGGGAGCAAUAAUGUCCUAAAAAUACAUCAGAGAAUACACACUGGUGAGAAACCUUACAGUUGUGAUGUCUGUUGCAAGAAAUUCUCACGGAAUUCACAUUUAAAAAGGCAUCAGUUUAUUCACACUGAAGAAAGACCAUUUAUGUGUGAUGUGUGUGGAAAAAAAUUUGUUAGGAAUUAUGUUCUAGAAAAACAUAAGAGAAUACAUACUCUUGAGAAACCGUAUACCUGUGAUGUUUGUGGCAAAAAAUUUGCAUGGAAUUCACAAUUAAACAGUCAUAAAUAUAUCCACACUGAAGAGAAGCCAUAUAUUUGUGAGGUGUGUGGCAAAAAAUUUGGAAACAAUGAUGUUCUAAAAAGACAUCAGAGAAUACACACUGGUGAGAAACCUUACAGUUGUAAGGCCUGUGGCAAGACAUUUUUACGGAAUUCACAAUUAAAAAGUCAUAUGUUUAUCCACACUGAAGAUAGACCAUACAUGUGUGAUGUGUGUGGCAAAAAAUUUGUAAGGAAUUACGUCUUAGAAAUACAUAAGAGAAUACACACUCAUGAGAAACCUUAUACCUGUGAUAUCUGUUUUAAGAAAUUCGCAUUGAAUUCACAUUUAAAAAGUCAUAAGUUUAUCCACACUGAAGAUAAACCAUACAUUUGUGAUGUGUGUGGCAAAAAAUUUGGAAGCAGUAAUGUCCUAAAAACACAUCAGAGAAUACACACUGGUGAAAAGCCUUACAGUUGUGAUGUCUGUUGCAAGAAAUUUUUAUGGAGUUCACAAUUAAAAAAUCAUAAGUUUAUCCACAUUGAAGACAAACCCUAGAUUUGUGAUGUGUGUGGCAAAAAAUUUGGAAGUGAUAAUAUACACCAUUGAGAAACCUUACAGUUGAGAUGUUUUUUGCAAUAAAUCUUCAUGGAAUUCACAGUAAAAAUCGCAUCAAUUUAUCCAAAGAAAUGUCAACAAAUAGAUGUAUUAAUGUAACAUCAGUCAUUAGAAUUGGACAAACAAGUCAUGCAGUGUUUGUUUCUGUAACAGAAAAGCUAUACUAAUUUCAUAUGUAGGAAUGUUUUAUUAACCCAUAAUAAGCUUAACAAUUGUAGUGUAUGACAGGAAGUGCCCAUAUAGUCAUUGAAAAAAAUAUAUCAAAUUACCUAGAAUAAAAAUAAAUUGUACACUUGUAAAUAUUUGAGUAUAUGGCAAUGAAUUUUUGAGAGAAAAACAAAAUACCCUGAAACAACGCUAGGAUAUAGACACUGGUGUGAAAUUGUAAUGUGUAGUAUUUGUGACAAGCUAUUUUCAAGUGUAAUAUUCUUGAAAAAGAUCAAAUUAUUUACAAUAGAAAUAAAUAAUACAUUUAUGCAA